GUUAUCGCGUCUUGUUGCUUUUUGUGUCAACUAUACGAAAAGCGGCUUCUGUCGAUUUUCUUAACGUUUCUCUUACAAUUUUCAACAUUUCUAACCAAAUUAUUACAAUGGGUUCUAAAAAACAUAAAAAACACAAAACCGAUCGCAGGGAAAAAUAUGAUGAUUCACAAUUCAGUCUUGAGAGAACACCUGGUUUAAAAUUAAUCCUAAAGGUGGGUGGCAAUAGUUCCACACCAGAACAUAGUAAUGAUUCUCCAGGACCGUUUUAUUCAGGAGGAAAUGAUGUCGGGUUAUCAGAUUUGGCAGAAAAACACAAAAAGGCUAAAAAGAAGAAAAAGAAAAAGGAUAGAGAAAAGAAGCAUAAACAUCACAAGGAAAAACGGAGAAGACAUAAUGAAUCUAGUCAAGAAGAAACGAGCAUGGGUGAAGAAUCUUUAUUGGAGCCACCAAAAUUAAUUAAUAAUAGCACAGUAACAAAUACAUUAGAUGAAAGUGUAGAAGUUCGAGAACCUCGUACCUGUGUGCUUCGUCAGCGACAGGAAAGAUCUCCUUUAGGGUUACUCUUGGAACAUUUACUGAGAGCAUUAGAGAAACGAGACCAAAACCAAUUGUUUGCUUGGCCUGUGACUGACAAUAUUGCACCAGGAUAUUCUUCAAUUAUAACUAAUCCUAUGGAUUUUUCAACUAUGAAACAAAAGAUUGAUGAUGGUGUAUAUACUUCCAUGAUGGAGUUUAUUGAUGACUUCAAACUCAUGUGUGAAAAUGCUUUAAGAUACAAUCGUUCAGAUACUAUCUAUCAUAAAGCAGCAAAAAAAUUAUUGCAUGUUGGAAUGAGAUUAUUACAGCCGGAAAAGCUUCGAGCUCUUAGGCCUCUACUUGUUUUUAUGUCUGACAUACCACCAGAGCAAUUAGGAUUUGAAUUAUCUAAAUCUAACAAUGUUGUUGAUUCACCAGUAGUUCAUAAGGCAGCACAAGUUGCUGAACCAAUGGAUACUACACCAGCUCCAAAUUCCAUAGAUGUUGAUGAACAGCCAUCACCUGCAAGUAUGGAAGCACCUCUUGAAAAUGAAAUGGACAUUGAGGAGAAACGUAGACUAUUGCGUAUUGAAAAUUGGCCUAAAUCUAAAUUUGAACCUUUUGUUGAUGACCUCACACCCCAAGAAAUUUUAGAACAAGCUCAAAAUGCUGCUAGAACAGCGAGAAAUAAAUUAUUAUCGAAGAGAUGCUCAAGUAACUUAGGAUUUCUUAGACAAAAUAAGGAUGGCACUACUAGUAUGAAAAUUUUGUUAGACAAUAGUGAGGAGGGUCCAGAGCGGCCUAUAAGCUUAGGAGCCUUUAUUGGUAAACUAUCUCAAGGUUCCGGACAUUUACAAGGUUUCCGAGAAGAUAGAAGAAACUUGUUAAAGCCUGUAAAAGCUUUAGAUUAUGGACAAUUUAGUUCUUUUGCCCCAAUUUAUGACUCGAGAUUUUCAAAUCUUACAGCUGAAGAAACUCAAUUAGUAUUACAAACAUAUGGUGAUGAAACCGGUGCACAAUAUGCUGAUAGUAUACUAGAGUUUACAAAAGAUUCACCUUAUGCAAGUUCCUUAGCAGGAAAUCUUUUAGACUUAUUAACUUCUGGAGAACAUCGGAAAACUUAUGCCAAAAUACAGGAAAACCAAAAAAUACGCGCAGAGCAGCGGGAAUUGGAGAAAAUAUUUGCAGAUCAUCAAGUUGAAAUUGAAAAUUCAUCAAUGGAAAUUGAUAUGGAUUCAUUGCGAUCUUUGUCUGAAUUGGGUAUUGAUGUAAGCUUUUUGGAAAGCUUAGAAAAAGAAGCCCAGCAACGAGAACUUACCAAACAACUUCAAGAACAACUUGAUAGCAAUGCACAAAUGCUAGAACAUUUACAACAAGUCCAGACUGACAGAUUGUCACUUCCUCUUCCACAACAUUUAUCACAACUGCCUCAACCUUCUAACAAUGAACUCAAUUUGGCUAGUCAGAUCACCAUGAAUUUAACCAGCAUGGCUAAGAAAGUGAAUCCAUCCGAUGUGGCCCCAGUAUCUUGUUUGAGAAAAGCGAUGGGAAUCGGGGAAAAAAUUCAAACAAUUAACAUGGAAACUCACAGCAACUCGCUGAUUUCACCAGGCCAAAAGUCAUUAGGUAAUGCACAAAUUGUCGAUGUGGAGGAAGCUACCACAUCUUUUUCGGUUGCUAACUCCGCUGUUAUGUCUCAGUCAAAGACAUGCGUGACUCAGAGCAAUAACAUAGGACAACAAAGUGUUAGUCAAGUGCGACCAAUUUUGAGUGUGACCCAAAGUAAUUUAUCAAAUGUUAGACCUCGUAUGCAAAUAUCAAACGUAAUAAAUCAGGGUCAAAUAAGGACUAACGUAAUGAGUGGAAACAUGCAAAAGCAAGUAGUAAAUGUUGGUGUUGGUAAUGUAACCCAGCCAAAUCAGACUACGUCACAUCAGUUAAUGGCGAUACGCGGUCCGCGUGUUCUUCAGCGACCUCAAAAUCCUCAAGUAUUGCAACAAAAUAUAUUGAUGAACCAGCAACAAAAUAAGAAUCAAGCAUCAACACAAAGCUCCCCUAUUCGGCAGCAAGUUGCUAGUUGCUCACCACAGCAGAAACCAAGUCAAAGUCAACAAGUUAUAACAACUCAAGCUCAAGCGCAGAAUCAAGUUCAUCAAAUAAUGUUGCAACAAGUUAAUCCCGUUCGUCAUCAAAUAGUUACACAACAGCGUGUAGUCCAACAACGGCCGCUGAUUCGUACCCAACAACAGAUUAAUGUCGGACAGCAACAGAUGAAUCAACAAAUUGUUCAACAAAUAAUUCAACAGCAACCUAUGAUUCAAGUCAAUCAACAACAUGUCAACACUCAACAACAGAAUGUUAUACAAAUUCACCAAGGUCAAUCUGUACAGCAACAAGCUGGGCAGCAGCAACAGAAUAUCAUACAAAUUCAUCAAGCGCCGUCAAGUGGACUGCAGACCACGAAUGCACAGCAAACAAUGCUGAUUAAUCAACAACACGGAGGCCCGAGAGUGCCACAACCGAUAGUGCGUGUUCAGCAGCCUGCUGUACGGCAUUGCAAGAGCACACACCAGGUGAAAACCGUACAGCAAGUACAACAGCAACUUGUUCAGCAAGCACUGAAACAACAGCAAGCUCUAAAGCAGCAGCAGAUUGCACUGCAGCAACAACAAUUGCAACAGAACAAAUCAAAUAGCGUCCAGCAGAGCUCCACUCAACAGCAAAUUAUGGUGAAACCUAAUCAGGACAACAAACAGGUAGUCAUCCAGCAAGUCCUCCCGAAUCACAGCGGCGGUACUUCGGUCAUCAGUGCAACAGUCGGUGACGGUUCGACUCCGCCGACUAUUCACAUAAGUGCGCAGGCGCCUGGCGGAGUCGAUCUGGAGAGCGAAUUAAGGGAAUAUCUCGAAAGUGGAGGCGUUCUCACAGCUGAUCAAGAUGCCACUAUUGCACAAAUAUUAAUGGAAUAAUUAUAAUUCUGUAGCCAUACACAAGGUGUUUUUAUCCGUGUAAGCGCUUAUGGUAUAAACAAUUUUUAAAAUAUUUAUAAGUUGAGAAAGUUAUAUUUAUAUAGUUGAGAAAACUUAUAAAAGUAGCACUUAUAAAAGAGAAAGCUGAAUUGGUAGCAUAUUGAAAAAAGUUAAUUGCCAUCAGUAUAGGGAAAGCAAUUGGUAAAUGUUGGAACAUCUGGUGCUGAUCUAUUGUUUGUGUGUAUGGAUUGAUUGAGCAUUUAUUCACAUCUACAAUAAAUUUACAUAAAAUGUGUUAUAGAUUAUUAUUUGUUAUGUAUUUGUACCAUUGAAUUUUCAUAAUUCACCAAAAUAGUAAAAGAUGAGAAUAUUUUGGAAAACAGCACACUGAAUAACUUU